CCGGGCUGCCUGGUUGGCUGCCACCUUGGCUAUUCGUUCGUAUCGUCGACUCAUCAGCCGACGGUUGAGUCAUUCGUCGGAGAGGGUAAGAGUCCAGGGAGAGAAAAACUAAACACAAGAGGGAAUUAGAAGCUGUUUGGCAUACAGACCGCUUUUAAGCCAGAUUUCAGAUUUCAUCGCCAAACCAGCAGAAUUGGAUAGAUAUCAUGGCGGUCUCAUCGGGCAAACAGCUGCCCGCCGACUUGGAAUAUGUGCAGUAUGAGCACCGGCUUGAAGGCCAGUACCUCCCAGCCAUCCGGUCGCUCAUCUCAAAAGACCUGAGUGAGCCCUACAGCAUCUACGUCUACCGGUACUUUCUCUACCAGUGGUCUCAUCUUUGCUUCAUGGCCCUGGACCCCGAGGACGACUCACUCAUCGGCGUCAUCAUCUGCAAGCUCGAGGUUCAUUCGUCGCACUCGCCUCCAACUCGUCGCGGGUACAUUGCCAUGCUGGCUGUGGCCUCACAUUUCCGCGGGCGGGGGAUUGCCACCGCCCUGGUGAAAAAGGCAAUCGAGGCCAUGGUAGACCGCAAUGCCGAUGAGAUUGUACUGGAGACAGAGGAGACAAACACGCCUGCCAUGAGGCUGUAUGAACAGCUUGGCUUCAUACGGUCGAAGAAGCUGCAUCGAUACUAUCUGAAUGGGAACAGCGCUUAUCGAUUAGUCCUCCUCUUGAAAGCAGUGGACUCAGAUCGAAGCUCCAUCUAUGAUGAGAGCCAAAUCACAUAA